CAUUCUUCAUGGCUUCGAGAUCGGAGUCUCCCGAAAUUAUCGAGACGUCGGUGAUUCUCGGAAAACGCAAACGUGAACAAUCAGACAAACCGGUCUUGGUCAAGCUAGAGAAAGUCGAUGACAACAAGUUCGACAAGAAGACUGAGACAUACGGGCUCUACGGCGAUGGCAAUGACGACGACGAUGACAGCGAUCUGAGCUCGGUCGGCAUGUCAGACGCGGAAGACGACCCUGAGAAUCUUGACCACGAGCCUGAUCAGGGCGAAAUCCUCUGGCGCGAAGCUGAUGAACAGUUCCCUCCUUGUGCUCCUUACCACAAGGAUGUCCAGGCGAUUUAUUCGCAGAUUACCGACAUGCUCGACAAGACUGUUGAUCAUCUCUCCGGCAUCAGUGACAAAAGCGACGGGCUUCAGAGAUUGCACGAGCAAGCUAUGGAGACCAGAAAGUUUCCCGAACCCAAGAUGCCUAUCAUAACACUUAUGGGUGAUGCAGGCGCUGGCAAAAGCUCGCUGAUAAGCGCCCUACUUGAUACACCACACGUCUCCAGAGAGGGUAACUUCGGAACGAGCUGUACGUGUGUCAUAACCGAAUACAGGAAACCUUAUCCUCAGCAGACAAGAAAGUUCGCCGCGAAAGUCGAGUUUCUUAGCAGCAAAGAUCGGUGUCUCUUGAUGAAAGACUAUCUCAAGGACUAUGUCGCCUAUCAUUUCGAGAAAGACGAGGACUGGACAUAUGAUGAGGAGAAAGAGUUUAGUGCACAAGCAAAAACUGCCGAAGGAACAUUUUUGGACCUUUUUCGAGGAAGACCAAACUUCACGUCUCGCGAGGAGAUGAAAGCAUACAUCGACACAGCUUACGAAGACGAGGACGAGGAUGCUACAGCUAUACUCGCGCAGUUCGAGGAAUGGUGCAAAGAGCUUGCAUCUGACCAUGCACCCUAUACCGGGUCAGAACUAAUCGAAGCGGAUCGGGCGUUUGAGUUGGGCAGACUCGUUGGUCCUUUUCUGUCAGCCAGCGCUUCUUGGAGUGACAAGCCCUCGCUAUGGCCCAUCGUUCGCAAGGUCAGUAUCGGUGUUCGCGGCCCGAGAAUUCUGGAACAUGCAAUCCUCGCUGAUCUACCAGGUGUCUCGGACACGAACCGUAUCCGAGUUAGGGCCAGCAGAAGCUAUCUGCUGACCAGUGAUUACCUCUGGAUCGUGUCGCCCAUUGGUCGUUGCGCUACAGACACAAGCGUUGAUAAUCUGAUGUACGAGUUCGGCGAUCGGUUCAAGGGCCGCCUAGCUAUCAUCUGCACCAAGACAGAUGAUCCGAUGACGUUCCAGAGUUUUGCUCAGGAAUACCAAGAGGAUGCGAAGCCCUGCAAGAAGCUCGAAGCAAAGACUAAGAAGGCCAAGUCAGAGAUGUCAGCUGCAAAGGCAGCAUUCAAGAGAGCCACGAAUCCGACCACACGCCAAGAACGCAGUAAGGCGGUCGAAGACAGCCGCACAAAAUAUGAGAGGCUUCUCCACGCUCGCUUGAACACGAUGGUCAGAAUCAGAAACCGCAAAGUCACAACGCUGAUUAUGUCAGAGAAGGCCGAUCGUCUUCAGUAUGGAGCUAAGGACUUGGUCUACCCUGUUUCAAACAAACAUUACUCCUGGCUCAAGGGGUUCAAGGAUGGCGGGAACGAGGACGCGCCCCAACUAAGCGCUGAGAUGACAGGAAUUCCAAAGCUAAGAGCAUAUGCACUAUCAAUCGUGUCUCAUGAGAUCUGGGCGACAUUCAUUACGCACAUACGUCACAAAGUCGUCUCCUUCAUCAUGGCACUCAAAGCUUGGGCAAACGCUACCAGUCGAGGAAACAACAGCGGGAUCUCAGAUGCACUCAACAAGAGCAUGAAGAUAAUCGAGAAUGCCAUGACAACCUACCACGGAGCUCUGGAGAAGGAAACGAUGUCACUUCUGGCUGCUCCUAUGAAGGAGGCCAACUCUAACAUGGCGAAAAAGGCGUACAAGUUUCUGAGCAAAGAAGUCCGCAUCUGGCACUGGUGCACCAUCAAGGCUUUCAUACGACGUGGUGGAAAGUACCAAUCCAAGGUCGUCGGCCAUCAAUCUUGGAACGCGAAGAUGAUGCUGCCGGCAGCCAAGUUCAUGAGCAGUGCUUGGGAUGAACUCAUUCGUAAAGAAGAUGCCGCUAACAAGGUCUUCUUUGCUACAAUCGUGACUGCUCUAGGCGGCACCCUGGAAGACGUCAAAGAGCCAAUGGAGCUUAUGCAAAUCCCCAAGGAGCAAUUCCAGACGUUCCUGGACGCUCAAAAGCAUGGUCUCACCAGCGUGUUUACCACAUACAAGGAAGAGUUUUUUAAACAAUUCCAGAAUGUCAAAUACACUACAGAGAAGGAUGAUGACGAGGGAUACUUUGCCAAAGCCAUGCAGAAAAUCUACGAAGAAGCUGAAGGAAUGAAGGGCACUGGAUACAAGGACGCCGUCAUGAGUAAACUCGAACACCACGUCAACAUCACAUCCGACGACUCGCCCUUCAUGAAGAUGGCCAACACCUCUGCCAGCCAAAUUUGCCGCCGAGCGGUCGGAGCCUCAGAAAUCUUGAGAGAAGAUUGCAACAAGAUUUUCAAACAGAUCUUCAACCAGUUCGGUUGUAUGCUUGACAACACACCUGACGAUGACGGCUCGGUUGCCGAAGUCAAGGUCAAACUUGCCAAGUUUCUCGUCGACGCCGAGAAGGAGUUGAAAAAGAUGGUCGAACGGCUCGAUCAGAUUGAGCAGAACCCGUUCCCCGAGGGCUUCAAGAAAGAGGAAGAGCGCCCUAUCAAGAAGCUCAAACAAGAGCAAGAGGCUUCGAAUCAAGUCAAGCCCGAGCCCGAGCCCGCUAGGGCCAGAAGAUCAAUCAAGAUCAAGGCCGAGGAUGCAGAGUAA